AUGUCGUCGUCUCCUUCCAUGUUGACAAAGUUCGAGUCAAAGUCCUCGCGUGCAAAGGGCAUUGCCUUUCACCCAAAAAGGCCAUGGAUCCUCGUAUCGCUGCACUCGUCGACUAUCCAGCUAUGGGACUACCGCAUGGGAACCCUCAUCGACCGUUUCGAAGAACACGACGGGCCGGUCCGCGGCGUUGACUUCCACAAGACGCAGCCAUUGUUUGUCUCGGGCGGUGAUGAUUACAAGAUCAAGGUCUGGUCGUACCAGACGCGGCGUUGUCUCUUCACAUUGAACGGCCACUUGGACUAUGUCCGAACCGUCUUCUUCCACCACGAGCUGCCAUGGAUAUUGAGUAGCUCCGACGACCAGACCAUCCGUAUAUGGAAUUGGCAAAAUCGUUCACUGAUCUGCACUAUGACCGGCCACAACCAUUACACCAUGUGUGCGCAGUUCCACCCCAAGGAAGAUUUGAUUGUCUCCGCCUCGCUUGACCAGUCGGUUCGUGUUUGGGACAUUUCAGGAUUGAGAAAGAAGCAUUCGGCACCACAGGCCAUGUCCUUUGAGGACCAAAUGGCACGCGCCAACCAGAACCAAGCAGACAUGUUCGGCAACACAGAUGCCGUUGUCAAGUUCGUCCUCGAAGGCCACGACCGAGGUGUGAACUGGGUCGCAUUCCACCCCACAUUGCCAUUGAUUGUUUCCGCGGGUGACGAUCGCCUCGUCAAGUUGUGGAGGAUGUCAGAAACAAAGGCGUGGGAGGUGGACACUUGCCGGGGACAUUUCCAGAAUGCAUCUGCGUGUUUGUUCCACCCCCACCAGGACUUGAUACUCUCGGUUGGCGAGGACAAGACAAUCCGCGUAUGGGAUCUCAACAGGCGAACAUCGGUCCAAUCUUUCAAGAGGGAGAAUGACCGCUUCUGGGUGAUUGCAGCACACCCUGAAAUCAACCUGUUCGCCGCUGGUCACGACAAUGGAGUAAUGGUGUUCAAGCUGGAGCGCGAGCGACCCGCAUCCGCCGUGUACCAGAACAACCUCUUCUACAUCACCAAGGAGAAGCAUGUACGCUCGUACGAUUUCCAAAAGAACCUCGAGUCGCCGUCAAUGUUGUCCCUCAAGAAGCUAGGAAGCGCCUGGGUACCUCCACGAACACUUUCCUAUAACCCUGCCGAACGCUCUAUCCUGGUCACAUCUCCAGCGGACAGCGGAACAUACGAGCUCAUCAGCCUUCCACGCGACGCUUCAGGAGCAGUAGAACCCACCGACACCAAGCGCGGCUCUGGAAACUCUGCUGUAUUCGUGGCUAGGAACCGAUUUGCAGUCUUCAACCAAUCCAACCAGCAGAUUGAUAUCAAGGACCUCAGCAACUCCACCACCAAGACUAUCAAGCCUCCUCAUGGAACAACUGACAUCUACUUUGGUGGAACCGGCAACUUGCUCUUGAUUACACCUACCUCUGUUGUUCUUUAUGAUAUCCAGGCCAAGAAAAACCUUGCUGAGCUGACCGUUAAUGGCGUAAAGUAUGUUGUCUGGUCAUCAGAUGGACUGCAUAUGGCCCUCUUGAGUAAGCACAAUGUCACAAUUGCGACAAAGAACUUGGAGCAGGUUAGCACUCUGCAUGAGACGAUCCGCAUCAAGAGCGCAGUCUUUGACGAUACCGGUGUCCUGCUUUACUCUACUUUGAACCACAUCAAGUACAGUUUGAUGAAUGGCGACAACGGAAUUGUCCGCACUCUUGAACAAACCGUAUAUCUCGUCAGGGUCAAGGGCCGCAACGUAUACUGCCUGGACCGAGCCGCGAAACCCAAGAUCCUCCAGAUUGACCCUACUGAGUAUCGAUUCAAGCUUGCCCUUGUAAAGCGAAACUACGACGAGAUGCUCAACAUUAUCAAGACUUCAAGCUUGGUUGGACAGAGCAUCAUCUCCUACCUCCAAAAGAAGGGAUAUCCUGAAAUUGCUCUUCAGUUUGUUCAGGAUCCCCAGACACGAUUCGAGCUUGCUAUUGAAUGCGGCAACCUUGAGGUUGCGGUAGAGAUGGCAAAGCAACUUGAUCGCCCCAAGCUCUGGCAGCGAUUGAGCAACGAAGCAUUGGCACACGGCAACCAUCAAACCGUAGAAAUGACAUAUCAGAAACUACGGAACUUUGAUAAGCUGUCGUUCCUCUACCUUACAACAGGUGACCAGGACAAGCUGAAGCGCAUGGCCAAGAUUGCAGAGCAUCGCGGAGACAUGACUGCCCGAUUCCAGAACGCACUCUACUUGGGUGACGUGCAGAAUCGGAUAGAAAUGUUCCAGGAGCUCGACCUUUACCCACUGGCAUAUGCUACCGCUAAAGCCCAAGGCCUCGAGGAACAAGCACAGUCAAUCUUGGAAGCUGCAGGUGUCUCGGAAGACCAAAUCAAGUUGCCUUCGAUAGGCAGUCCUCUCGCACCCGUGAAGCCCAUCGUCCCGACUUACCAGGCAAACUGGCCGACGCGCGCAGCUUCUUCGACUGUCUUCGAGAAGGCUCUUCAAGGCGAGGUUGAAGGCAUUGGAUCCGAGGAGCCUGCAGCCAACGGCUAUGGUGAUGAGGAUCUGCUCGGCGAAGCAGAACCCACUGGUGCUUCAGCCGACCUUGGAGGUGACGAAGAAGAUGACAUCGGCGGAUGGGACAUGGGCGACGAUGCCGAGGUUGAAGCCGAGGACGAUUUCGUCGAGGUUGAGGGUGCUGAAGCCGGUGCUGGAAGCAGCGAAGCCGACCUCUGGGCACGGAACUCACCUUUGGCAGCGGAUCACGUCGCGGCAGGCUCCUUUGACACGGCCAUGCAGCUACUCAACCGUCAAGUCGGUGCAGUCAACUUUGCCCCUCUCGAGGAGCGCUUCCAAGAGAUCUACCAAGCGACACGGACAUUUUUGCCCGCUACGCCCAACAUGCCAUCAUUGGUCAACUACGUGCGAAGGACAGUGGACGAGACGGACUCGCGGAAAAUCCUGCCGAUUAUUCCACGGGAUUUGGAAUCCAUACUGUCUAAUGACUUGACUGCUGGCAAGCAAGCUUUGGUCAAGAACAAGCUGGAAGAUGGUAUUGCGACAUUCAGGAAGCUACUGCAGCUCAUCAUGGUCAACGUUGUCUCGUCUCAAGCCGAGCUCUCUGACGCAAGGAAGGCGAUCAACACUGCUACCCAAUACAUUCUGGCCAUGACCAUUGAGCUGGAGCGCCGCAAGCUGCUCAACGGUGCUACGGACAUCUCUGGUCUCUCUGAUGCGGACAAGAAGCGUGUCCUCGAGCUGUCAGCCUACUUCACCAUUCCCGAGGUUGAAGGCCCACAUAAGUCCAUUCCGCUUUCUGCGGCCAUGAACUUUGCGCACAAGAACAAGCAGCUGAACACUGCGCUCAACUUUGCGAAUGCCCUGCUUGACCGCACUGGCAACGCCAAGAUGAAGGAGUCAGCCAAGCGUGUCAAGACGAUUGCCGAGAGGAAUCCCAGCGACGCGAUUGAGAUUGACUUUGACCAGUUUGCCGACUUUGACAUUUGCGCUGCUAGUCUGACGCCCAUCUACGCUGGACAACCGUCGGUGACGAGUCCGUACAGCGGAGCCAAGUACCACGCUAGGUACAAGGGUACCGUGUGCAAGAUUGAUGGCAUCAGUCAGAUUGGAGCACCGGCCAGUGGACUACGACUUGUUGGUUGA